CAUCUGUCCACCUGUCCAUCUGUUCACCUGUCCAUCUGUCCAUCUGUUCACCUGUCCAUCUGUCCACCUGUCCACCUGUCCAUCUGUUCACCUGUCCAUCUGUCCACCUGUCCAUCUGUCCACCUGUCCAUCUGUCCAUCUGUUCACCUGUCCAUCUGUCCACCUGUCCACCUGUCCAUCUGUUCACCUGUCCAUCUGUCCACCUGUUCACCUGUCCAUCUGUCCAUCUGUUCACCUGUUCACCUGUCCAUCUGUCCACCUGUCCACCUCUCCAUCUGUUCACCUGUCCAUCUGUUCACCCGUCUAUCUGUUCACCUGUUCACUUGUCCAUCUGUUCACCUGUCCACCUGUCCAUCUAUUCACCUGUCCACCUGCCCAUCUGUUCACCUGUCCAUCUGUUCACCUGUCCACCUGUCCAUCUGUCCACCUGCCCAUCUGUUCACCUGUCCAUCUGUCCACCUGUCCAUCUGUUCACCUGUCCAUCUGUCCACCUGUCCAUCUGUUCACCUGUCCAUCUGUCCACCUGUCCAUCUGUUCACCUGUCCGUAG